AUGGUGCCGUCCUCCUUCAAUUCCUCCACCUCCUGCUCGGCAACGCGGCGAAGGAAGCGCUCUACCUCCACCAGCCAGCUCUCCAACCUGGUCGUGGAGCUUCCGACGGAGCCUUCGGGAGAGUCCACCGUCACCGCCACUCUGCCCGACGACCUCCGCCCCGGCACGCCCUCCUUCGGCGUCGCCUCCACUCCGGAAAUCCUUGAGAUGGUUAAAAUCGGAAAAAUCGACCUCCCAAUGCAGAGCUUGACCAUCACGGCUCCAGCGCCCUCCGUCAGGAGCGCGAACUUGAGCGCCGACGGCAGUGUGCUCGUGGUGGAGUUCGACCUCAACGUGGAGUCUGACGCUGAGUGCCGCGACAUCAUAGACUGGCCGUGGGUCGAUUCCAGACAAAAAUCCCCCUCGCCGGAGUGCCGCUUCCGAGCCGCCACGCUGACCGUGCACCUGGGAACGGGAAUCGCCGUCGAGCCCAAUUCCAGCCUCACAUUCCGGGCGAAGAACGGCAUCAGGAGGGCCUUCGGGGACGCGAACACGGCGCCCGAGGCCUCGGGGAGUUUCGUGGCACGGCGCUUCGGGCCCCCGGCACGCUUGAAGUUCCAGUUAACAGGCGACGGUCAAACUUGCAAUGCUAGCAAUGUGGAAGCGACUGUGAGCAACAUCUGGGGCGCAAAGAUCUCUGACGUCACGGUGGUGUGGAACGUGACCUGGGAACCCGGACGCAACAAAUGGAGUCAGUCAGAGACUCUCAUGGUGUGGGAGAGCGUCGAGACCAUAAAGAAUGCGAUGGUCACGGAGAAGAUGGGUAGCGGGGAGACACUGUCAGUCAGCGGGAAUUUGUUCCGUCCGGGGAUCGAGUACCUGAUCGUAGCACAGCUGGAGACGUCGGGGGGCGUGUCGAGCGAAGCGAAGGGCGUGACGGUGAAGAGCAUGGCUAUCGGCGAGGCUGUCAAGGUCAGAGUGAAGGGCCCAAGGGAGGUGUACGCCGACAGGAUGUACAAGUACACCGCUAUGCCGAUCCUAUGCUCAGAGACGGAGUCCAUUGAAGAUCUGAAUUUGAAGUACUACUGGAGUUUGGACGUGGAGGGAGCGAGCCUGUCGCACGAGGAAGGCCAGAUGGCUACCCUUCCCGCUGGCAUCCUGCAAGGCGGCAGAACCUCCAUUCUCACCGUCACGGUUAUUGCCGACGACCCGGAGAUCAUGGGCACUGGCCAGGCGGAACUGACCGUGCUGCCUCAGGGCAUCGAGGUGAUUGUGGCCACCGACUCCGUCAGGAUCGGCGCCACGGCUUCUCUCACGCUCGACGCUUCGGGAUCCAAGGACCUGGACAAUCUGCCGGGCGAUCUCAACUUCAGGUGGAGUUGCAUGACCAUAGACGAUCUCGGGUGCUUUGUGCAGGCGGACGGCCAGCUGACUCGGUUCGAGACCCACAUUCCCGAGGCCGAUUUGUCGGCGUCCGUCUUGGUCGUCCCGCCUGAGACGCUUCCGGUUGGCAAGUGA